AUGCUAUUAACUAGAAGUUUUUCUUAUUCCAUAGCUGCUCCAAGGCAAUGCAUCGACCUGUAUUUUGACUAUAAGUAUGCUAUUGAGCCGUCAUGGGAGUGUAAGUUUGACCACAUUGAAGUCAGAGAUGGCCCCUUCAGCUUUUCUCCUAUCAUCGGCCGUUACUGUGGACAAGUGAGCCCGAACUAUGUUAGGUCCAGUGGACGAUACCUUUGGAUAAAGUUUGUAGCAGAUAGCGAACUGGAAGCCACUGGAUUUUCAGCUCGGUACAAUUUCACUCAAGAUCCUGAAUUCAAAGACCUUGGUGCUCAACCACCUCUUCCAAUUUGUGAGUUUGACAUGAGUGGGCCAGAGGGGAUUGUGGAGUCCGUCAUGGUUUCAAAAGAAGGCAAAGCACUACAGACAGAGGCUGUAGACUGCAGGUGGUUCAUCAGAGCUCCUCCUGGCUCUAAGAUCUUUUUGCGCUUCCUGGAUUACGAGAUGCAGAACUCGAAUGAGUGUAAGCGUAACUUUGUGGCGGUGUAUGACGGGAGCAGCUCGGUGGAGCACCUGAAGAAUAAAUUCUGCAGCACGGUGGCCAAUGAUGUGAUGCUGCUGAAUUCAUUAGGUGUGAUUCGCAUGUGGGCCGAUGAGACGAGCCGCAGGAGCCGAUUCCGUAUCCUCUUCACCACCUUCCACGAGCCUCCAUGUGGAAGUGACACAUUCUUUUGCCAUAGCAACAUGUGCAUAAACCACACUUUGGUGUGCAAUGGCAUCCAAAACUGUGUCUAUCCCUGGGAUGAAAAUGGCUGCAAAGAGAAAAGAAAAGCCACGAUCCUGGACAGCCUUGACAACACCAAUGUGACCAUAAUUGGCGUGACCUGCGGAGUGGUCCUCAUCCUGCUCACCGUGUCCAUAAUCAUUCAGAUAAAACAGCCACGCAAGAGGUACAUCAUCCGUAGGGACGAAUUCGACCCCACUUUGCUUCACGAGGCCUUUGAACCGCCACAUUACGAACUUUGCACAUUACGACAGACGACCUCAUGCGAUAAUGAGGAUUUACCAGAGGACUUCCCCAACCUCCAGCGCACGUCCUCCAAAUGCAUCCACGGCCACCACUGUGGCUCUCAGGUGUCCAGCACUCGAGGCAGUCGCAGUGACCUCAGCCUGCGAGAUGCUGCAGCCAUUCUCUCCGAAAUGGAGACUUCCACACAAACCCCUUUCCCUUUGCAAGCAACCCCAAAUGUUCGUAGGAACAUCGUAGUGAUGAAACACAGCUACUCGCAUGACGGGGCUGAAGAGUGUGACCUGGAUGAUGAGUUUUAUGACGGUCCCACCACCAGCCGUGGCCGAUCAAUGGAUAGAACUGUGCAUCGCUCAAUAUCCAAUGACUUUUGAUGGUCGCACAUGCACAGUGAAGGACGUUUUUGUCUUUGUUCUACUUGUAGACUUGCUCUUGGUUUAUGUUUGUUGACAGAUAAAAUUUCCUUAUUUAGUUUUCAUCAGUUUGCAUCCAUAAGGAAAUAUCAUCACCAUAUCAGGCCCGUAACCAGCCUGGUGAAAUGUGUGGUUCUUUUUUUCUCAAAAACUGGACCUUUUUGCAGUUAUUCGCCUUAAUUUCUUUUUAAUUCUAAGGUUUAAAAACUGCAUUUUAGUGAAAUUUUAAGCUCUAUUGUUUAGCUGGAUGCAGUUCAUUCCACUGUGGCGACCCCAGAUUAAUAAAGGGAUUAAGCCGAAAAGAAAAUGAAUGAAUGAAUGAAUGAAUGAAUGAAUGAAUGAAUGAAUGAAUGAAUGUUUAGCUGGAUUAGCUUUUCGAGUGGUCAUCUUAACCACCCUUUUUGAGGCAUCAAAAACACUUUCUAAAUGUUUAGAAUAAUGAAAUUAAAAAAUGCCUGUUUUUAAAAAACAAAUGUAUUAC